AACACGACAGUGGCGUCCGCUGAAUCGUAGGAGCGCCCAACACUCCAAAACGAGGCCAUCUCAGCAAAAUUGCAAUGUAUUCAGCAACACGUAGCAUACCAUUUCGAGGCUGGAAACUGCCUCACAAUUACCGAAUUUGCAUCGGCUUUAGAUGGCUACUCCAAACUACCAGAGGCAUGCACCUGUUCUCAGAGUCGAGGGCAGGACCCUCGUCUAGAGCCAAACAGAGCGAACGAAAGUGUUCCCACUGUCGAAAAUGACGGAAAAUCGCCCAGUUUUUUAACACUUACCGCAGAGCAGCUAUGCAAGUGAACCCGUCCCUGCAUUGCUCGGUUUCCUCUCGAUUUUGCGACGUCAACUCAGUCCCUGAGUAACGGAGGAUCGCGUUGGAACUCUUCAGUCGCUGAUACCUGGCGGUCGUCGCGCUUUCUAGUUCCGUUCGUGUUAAUUCAUGACCUGGAGGUAAAAGGUGUUGUUAACGGAUUAUCUGCUGUGUAAGAGCAUGAAAGGCUGGAAAUAUGUUGUCUCAUCUGGGACUCUAUGUACAUCGGAUAUGUUGUGGCGUGGCUGGUGUUCGAGUGUGGUAAGUGUGUCCGUGCAUUGAAAUUGUACUUUCUGUCAGGAAGAGAUGGAAACUUUUUCCGCAGAAGUACUUCUGCAUUGUUAAUUGCUGGAAAGGUGUACACGAGUUUGGGACGCGGUCUUUUUUUCUUGCUGUCGGAGUUCUUGCUCGGAUGCUGGAGGAUGUCUUCUGCGCGGAGACACCCAGUACGGGGUUCAGCGACUUUUCCCGUGGCACCUGAAGUGCCAGCAUUGGAUGCCGCUUCUGGCACGUUCAACUAGAAGCGGAGACACGACGUGGAAGAUCGCUGCCGUGAUUUGUCCUGGGUGCCGCGUUUCGUGUAUUUUUCGUGCGUCGCUUAGCACGGAUUUCGUUCCUGCCUUUGCACGGUCCGCCUCUGCUCCCCCGUUCGCCUCACCAGACGGAAGUUUUUCAAAAGAUGGCAUACGGCCUGCGUCAUAUUGUGUGCUUCAAGUUCAAGCCGGCCACUCCGGCUGAACUCCUGGAACAGUUCAUUCAAGACGGCCGACAGCUGAAAGCUCUCAUUCCGGAGCUCGACUUCUUCAUCGAUAUGCGGACCUCUGUAACAGAGGAUCGGACAAAGGGCUUCUCGCACUUUCUCUACUCUGAAUUCCACGGGAAGGACCAGCUGCAGGUGUACGCGGAGCACCCAAAGCACAAGGAAUUUGUCGCCAAGUUCAAGCCUCAUUUCGAAGACGUCAUGGCCUUUGACCUCCCGAUGUAAUUCGCGCUCUCCACCUCUUGUGUCAAAAGGCCCAUAUUUCCUCGAGCACACUGGCGACAAUCGCAAACAGGGACCAGCAACUGUCAAACUAGCUUUUUUGGUCACCACAAAGUGCGGAAACACAGGAACCAGAUAGGUCGGCACUUAAGUCUUUCUUUUCCGUGACAACGUGAAAUCAGUUCCUGGUGGCACACUUUGAGUAAGGGAUGAGUGGCCCCAGCAUAGCGAUCUCCGUUGCACAGUUAAGGUUACGUUUGUGGGCUACCGAGACUGGUUGUGGAAGUGUCAAAAAGUACACUUGUGACACUUGUAUCUCCCCGUUAAGGAAAGCGAGCUGUGUUUUUCACCUUGUCGUGGACGAUACGAAAGGACACCGUUGGCGGCGCAUUUCUCCCUGACACAGAGAAGAAGGGCAUGCUAGUUGCUGGGCGUAUUGGCCGCUGCCUCGACUCUCGAAUAAUGCGAGGAAGAGACUGACAUUCGACACCGUGGAUCAACUUUGACUUAGACACACAGACGAGAUCGAUUAGUGUCAUGGUGACUUCACACCGAGGUAUGGCCAGGCACAAUGAAAGCAAACUACCGAAUGAUUUCUGUGAGCCACAUUACUGCCAGGAGCCAGAGGUAUUUGCGCUCCAAAGCAAAGAGAAUCGACGUUUGAAAUGGAGGUCUGGUCGACUCUCCACUGGCAAUCGACUCGCGUUCCUGCCAGCACGACGCACCAGCUGAGCCUGCAGUGAAGAUCGGGAUUCAUUCUCUGUUCAAAGCAACUGAGUCGUGACACGACUAGUUCUCUGCAAUAAAAUCCCAGCUUGCAAAGCUCCACUGCAAAGAGGGACGAGAAGCCUGGAAGUCUAACUCGGAGUUGUGAGAAGCUGUUUCUCGUGACUGCACAUUUGAAGGUGGAGUUCUGAAGGAAUAAAACACAGCCAGCAAACUGAAGCAGCUACGCUUACACAUGCCACCUUUCGUUUGAGGGAACAACUCUGGAUGCAAGUCGAACAUGAUACGGAAUGUUUUUGUGUGACGAUGCAGUGUGACGGAAACAUUUAGAGUGUAAGGAUGCCCCGGCAACGUUGCAGAAGCCGACUGUCGGGAGACAGCGAUGCAGCAAGUGGUGUUUUUGCGCCGGUGAUAUUCAUUCGUGACUGGGCGUGUUUGCCACGUUAUCACCUCCGACGGCAUUUCCGAUUGACUGCCUUUGAGUGAACUGCAUUUCUUCGAAACGGCUAAGUCCUUUCUUGCCCGUACCUCCGCGUGGCCAGCACUAGCAAAGCGCGUUCACCUAGGGAAGAACGGACCGCAGCAGAUGCCAAACGUUUGAAUUCAGCGCUUUCCACACUCACAAAGCAGGCAUCUUUGCUCUCCCUACUUAUUUCCCGCCAAGCAUCGCGCUGCUCUCUGUUUGGCGACCCGCUUUUUACGGACGUUCUGUGGAAUUCUGAGUAACAUUCUUUUGUCUGAGCCGUAGUCGUGUGUGCGCUUGCAAAUGAACAGCCAGCUCGGAAAGAACAUCGGAGGCCCUUGCGCCAAACUGGCACUUCGGUGAAGGAGUCUCCUAGGUGCAACAUCGAUACACAACAGCGUCGAGCUUAGGGAGAUCGUUCGAAAUGUAAGCACGCACAAAUGCUGUGCAUCGUGGCAGUGGUGGUGUACGGCACGGAGUGUAACCGAAACUAACGCGGCGCAUUCGAUCUUUUACGCGCUUGUUCCCUUUGGUACAAACAUCGGUUCCGCACGCACUUCACAUCAGUCCAAAGGCGAGAGAGGAAUUGCUUCCAUCUGCCGAAACACAACUUCUGCAUCGCCUACCGUAGCGCGGGGCUCCUCUUUUGUUCAUCGUGAAACCGACGCUGAUUACACUUACCAUCAAGCCUGAAUAUGCAUAAAGCCACUGAACAUCUUCUACUCUCUUGUGCUUCAUUCUGGUGCGAGCAUUCGUGUAUCCGGCUGCAAAUACUCCAGGUGUUUCCGGCAUCCAGCAAGGAAGUGACCGUGUGUCUGGGCUGUUGGGCAGCGUUCGCAUCGUCUGGUGAAUCUUUAGAAAGCUCCGAAAGCCGAG